CAGCAGCAGCAGCAAGUGGCGUGCGUCGUGCAGCACUGGAGCGAUGCGCGUGGUGCGUGCUGCUAUAAAACAAUUUUCUGGCCUGGCCUGCCAGUGCCUGCUGCUGACACCGCGCCCUCAAUGAUGUGGUGAAAACUUAUCUCCUCCUCCUCUGGCUUCUAGUGCCGCCCUUCUCAGGGGGAACGUUCCUCCCGGUGUGGACUUGUGGUAGUUACUGCCGAGGGUUCGAACCCCACUCACUCCGUCAUGCGCGCGGCGGAAUAAACUGUCGUGGGCAUCACUCGUCAAGAAGAAAAAUUCGGCUUUGUUUUUAAAAAAAGUUCCAGGUCUGCCGUCACGAUGAAGAGUUCAUCCAUGCGAGGCAGCUGCCUCGGACUUCCGACCAUCAGGAAAGAGGCUUUGUAGAUGACGGCGAGCACGACACCCGGCAAACACCGACCUGCAAACAGGGGGACAGGAGCAGCGAUUUCCUGGUAGUGGAGACAGAAAAAGUUGAAUAGACUUCUCGCUUGUCAAGAAGCGCCCUCUAGCGACCGAGCAGCAUGCCGGACGACGCCCUGACAGCCACCACCAACAGCAGCAGCAUCAUGGCAGUCAACGGCAGCGGCGCCAAGGACCACAGCCACUGCAAGUACUACCUGCCAGGCCCUCCCAUCGAGCAGUGCUACGCCUCGGAUGAGGAACUCCUCCGGAACAUCGAGGAGUACCUGCAGCCGUCGUGACGGAGUGGAUCUUCCUCGCCCUCUACCUCGUGUGCUUCGUGGUGGGACUGGGGGGCAACGCCCUGGUGGUGUGGGCGGGUGUGCGGAACUCUCACCUGCGCUCCACCACCAACGUGCUGCUCACCAACCUGGCGCUGGCCGACUUCCUGGCCGUCCUGGUGUGCAUGCCGCCCAACUUCGCGCAGACCAUCUGGGAGACCUGGUUCCUGGGCCGCACGCUGUGCAAGCUGGUGGAGUACUACCAGGUGGUGUUUAUCAUCGUCUCAAUCUUGACUCUCACCGCCAUCUCAGUCGAGCGCUGGUUCGCCAUCUGUCGACCUUUGACCUUCAAGCAGACACGGACUCGAGUGAUGCUGUGUCUGGUGUUUAUCUGGAUCGCCGCCCACGUGACUGCGGUGCCCAAGAUGUUUAUCAUCGACACGGUGGAGGACAGUCUGGUGCCCGCCAACCUCACCAUCCUGCUGACCGCCUGCGCCCCCGGCCCCGGACUGCAGGCCAUGGCGAUGGACUACGAGAUCUUCCUGUGCGUCGUCUUCUACGCCAUGCCCAUCGUCGUCAUGGGCUACACCUACACCGCCAUCGCCAUCAAGCUGUGGUCGUCAAAGGCUGGAAUUCUGAUGGAAAGCGACUCCAAGGCUAUGAUGACGCAGCUGAAGGUGAGACGCAGGACGGCCAAGAUGCUCAUCAUCGUCGUCAUCGCCUUUGUCAUCCUGUUCCUGCCUGUUUACAUCUGGAACAUGAUCAGGCUGUCGGCGCCCGAGACCCUGUCCUACAUGGAUGACCAUAUCAUCUCUGGAAUCACUCUGGGUGCUCUUCUUCUUCUGGUCAUAAACAGCUGCAUCAAUCCUAUUAUCUACAACUUCAUGUCAGUGAAGUUCCGCAAUGAGUUCCGCUCAGUGUGUCACUGCUGGCUCAAGAUCUGUGCAGCGACAGACAAAGGUGCAAGGUCCAAUAACCACGAAAUGGAGCCGAUGUCUGUCAAAAGGCAGAGAGAGCAUUUUCCUUCAGUUUUAUUUUCAGAAGAAGCCGAAUGACGGAGUACGACAGCGCUGGAGGUAAGACGAGCCUGACAGAUGCCUGACGGGACUCGCUGGCAGGAAACAGAAGAACGCCAUCUUGUGCUGCGUCACUUCCUACUUACUUUUUGUUUCUAAGCCAAUUGUUUCAAGCAUAAAAUAAGUUUGCUUCGAAUCAAUGCACAGAAGAAAUUCCCAAAGAGUUUUAUUCAGUGAUUGAUUCAGUUCUUAUCAAGUCAAAAAUCCUUCACUCAAUGAGGAAGUUGUUUUUUAAUUAAUAUCAUUUUGUUGACGGCUCAUGUUGCAGACUUUGUGGUUCCUCUCAUCACUCGCCUGUCUUGUUUUAUAAGUGACACACUGUGCGAACAGUUCUGAAAAUAGAACUCUUGUCAUAGCAUGUAGAGUUUCAGUCACAGCAGCUAAGAAAUAUAUUUGUUUAUUGUUGAUACAGCUGUACCUCUGCAUCUCUCCGUGUUUUGGAGAUGCACAAUACUUACUACGCCUCACAUUUUGCGUGUUCGUAAAUAUAUAUCUUGACGCCCAAUGUAACGUUUCCUCCUCCUCCUCCUUCUCAUCAACAAUCAAUCAUCAUCAUAAUCAAUCAUCGAUAUCCAUCAUCAUUGUCAUCAUCCCCCCGCCCCUCGUUGUCUCCCGGGAAGAUGACUUUUUUGCAUUUAUUGUCCUUUCUGUGUAUCAGUGUUUGUAAUAUCUUCCAUAAUAAUAACAGUAAUAAACACGUACAUUGCUUUA